AUGAAUAACCGUGUGACGAAGUUGGUCGAUAAUGGUGAGACUUACGGAAACGUCGCAAAGGCUGUCCCUCAAUACUAUCAGAUCCGCGAUGAGAGGUAUCGCCCGCUUUGGACAAGACUUCUCUCCGGUGACCCAGAUCUUCGCCCUGAACUCGAGCAUGCUCCUUUGAAUGGCAACGACUUUUCAGAGACACAUUUGAGAAAAUCUGUAAUAUCGCAGAUCCAUGAUGAAUUGAUCAUUUUUGCCCCAAAGCCUGUUCGACCUGUUCAUUGGCCGUUCUGGCCUAGCGAUGCGGAGUUAGAAUCCGCUGCCGACUAUCAAAGACGGUACAAGAACAACAUUUUCAAAGGAGAAGAUUAUAGUGAUGGUACUAUUAAUUACCAUUGGAGGGCCGUGGCGGGCCAGACUAUCAUUCCAGACGAAGGACAUUUACUUGUUAUGACCUUUUCUCUACGCUCCUUGAGCUAUCGCUACCUCUAUCACCACUUUUUUUGCUCUCCCCUGCCCUUUGGGGGGGGGGGGGGGGCGCCAUCGCCACCACCGCGCGCGCGCAUCACUUCGUCCCGCUGCCACCAGCGGCCACCACCACCACAACAACAUCCUUUCAUGACCACUUCGUCGAAACAGCAUCUACUUCCUUUCUCGGGCACCGCCCUCACGGCGCUCGCAACCACCAUCGGCGCACUUCGCCUCAUCUCUCACUUCCGGCCCGCGGCCACCUCCACCACCUUUCGUUCCUACCGAUUGUGGCUCUCUAACUACUGCUUCCGCGGCCCAACUGCUGCUCUCGCGGCCUCGCUGCCCUUCGCGGCCUCACUGCCCCUUGCGAUCUCGCUGCGUAAUCAACAUGCACCAUUCCUCAACAGCUAA